AUGGCUCUCUUAAUUCUGCCAGUGAAUGCUCGUGAAGUUUCCCAAAAAGACCCGUUGUCAUCUUCUGGUGUGGAUGAGCAACCAGUGUCGGAGACAAUAAAAUACGUUCCGAUUGGCCAUCGUGCAGCCAUCAAAUGUGAAUCUCUUCAGAAAGCGUUCCAACUCGAAGAAAAACAGCCGAACACAUCUUGGUUUCUGGUCUACAACCGACUCCAAGGACCAAAAUGGAAAGAACUUACUAACGAAGACAGAUACAACAACAAACAAAUAUCUGUUAUAAACAGUGUCGUAUAUUUGUACGGAAUGACAGCCACAAUGAGCCAUUCCGUACUUGAAUGUUCAGUGAAAGCAGAACAUCAGCUUAAAUUAAUGAAAGAACGCAUAAUGUUGGUUGCACAGGACUGUGGCGGCAUCAGCAGUGAAAGAACAGAAAAUUCAAUGAACAAAUUAAAUCCGUGUCGCUAUGGAUCUUGUCACCUGAGAAAACGCGACGGUUUUCAACUACUCGAAUGUCGAUGUUUACCACAAUUCACCGGUCUUUUCUGCGACAAAUUAGCGAAUCGAGCAACACACUACGAGAUCCUAUUCUACUCACCAAUUUUCGCCAUCAUUUGUGUGCUUCUGUACGUCGCCUGUUGUUUCCCGUACAUGGAAGGAAUAAGGAGAGAGAAACCUAUGGCUUUUGAAAAACACAUUCCGUUGGACCAUCAUUCACUGGAUAUGAAAAAGAAUUACACAGCAAUGUUCGUGACACCUCAACAAUAUGCCAAGUUAGCUGCAACUGCACACGGAGAGGAGACUGAAGCAAUGUCUGCAAGUUUGAAGAAAUCGGAGCAAUCUGCUAAGAAGAAACAUCGGACCAAACCUCGCGACCGAUCCGGAAGCGCGCUGACGGCACCGACUCAGUUUUCAGUUGAAGAAGUUGGUAGAGAAGAUGCUCAGUAA